AUGGUAGGCAAUCGAAGGACAAAGACAGAAGGACCCAGCAAUCUCAGACUCCAGAACUCCAGCCUGCAGAAAAACAGGUCGUGGCCUCGAACCCACGGAGCCACAGGUCAGCAGCAGGCGGCCAGUGAGACUCUCCUGGAUUUCGGAAGGAACUUUGCUGCAAUCCCACCGGGAGCAGAAGGCCAUGGAGAUAAUGACUAUGAAGACCCUAAGCUUCAUGUGACAGAGGCUUGGCAAGCAAUGAAAGUCCUACCGGCCAGGCCUAUCAAGGAAUCUGAAUAUGCAGAUACGCGCUACUUCAAGGGCAUGGACGACACUCCGCUUUCCCUCGGUGCUUUUCCUUCUGUCCCUGCGGAGGGGCAAACGUGGACCACACAGACGAGGCCGGAAGAAGUGGACAAACCCAUCUCCAUGUCCAAGGACAUCAGAAGCCAACACGUUACAGGAGCCAACCUCGCCAAGGGAAACAAGAUGCCAUUACCACCUCCUCGGCCACCUGUUGUCCCUGUUCCGAAGAAGUACCAGCCCUUGCCCCCCGAGCCGGAGAGCAGCUCGCGCCCCGUCCCGCAGAGGCCCACCCUUCCCGAAGCCCAGAGGGGCCCCAGACAGAUCAACUUAAAGAACCUCAGCGAGGUCCUUGGAACAGAGGAAGUUUCUCAUCACCAGAUGAAGCCCGAAUCAUCUCACUGGUCACAGAACCAAAGUGCUCCAGAGAUCCCUCUUGCCACCGCCAGCUCUUCGUCCAUGAUGAGCAGCCACGGGGUGCAAAGCAGAGAUCAGAAGCGAAGCGUGCCAUGCCACUCUCCUCAGAGACGUCCGUUUCCGGAACACGCUGUUCACUAUAAAAACGUGAACUGGACAAAGCCUGUCCUGAGUUCUGAGGAAGAGGAGGCCUCGCAGAGCAACUGGUACGUCGGGGAGUACAGUCGCCAGGCGGUGGAAGAGGCCUUGAUCAAGGAGAACAAGGACGGCACCUUCCUGGUCCGAGACUGCUCCGCGAGGUCCUGCACGGAGCCCUACGUGCUGGUGGUGUUCCAUGGGAACAAAGUCUACAACGUGAAGAUCCGCUUCCUGGAGAGGAACCAGCAGUUUGCUCUGGGCACGGGACUCCGAGGAGACGAAAAGUUCAAUUCGGUGGAAGACAUCAUCGAACACUACAAGUAUUUUCCGAUUGUGCUGGUUGAUGGGAAAGAUAAAACAGGGACUCACAAGAAACAGUGUUACCUGGCUCAGCCUCUCCCUCUUCACAGACUCUUCUCCCCGUAG